AUGAAACUUGAAUUAAGUUCUGCAAUUUUAAAGGCAACGGAUCCAAAACUAAGAUCAGAUAAUUGGCAAUAUAAUAUUGAAGUCUGUGAUAUAAUAAAGAGAGAUCCUGAAGAUAACGGUAAAGAUGCCAUACAAAUGUUAUGCAGAAGAUUAGAACAAGAUGAUGCAAAUGUUAUUCUUAGAUCAUUAUCUGUAAUAAUGGCAAUUGCAGAAAAUUGUGGCUCAAGGUUACAACAGGAAAUUAGUUCGAAAUCUUUCACAAAUUUAUUAUAUUCUUUAAUUGAAAAGAAACAAAUUCAUUACACCGUUAAAAUCGAAAUUGUUAAAUUAGUUCAUCAAUUAGCAAAAAGUUUUAAAUCGGAUCCAUCAUUAAGAUCAAUGAAUGAUACUUAUAAAAAAAUUAAAAAAAAUUAUUCAAAUUUAAUAGUAUCAGACAAUAAAACAAUUUCAAAGAACACUACAAAUAAUAAGACAAAAGAGGAAAAAGAAUUGGAAGAAGUCUUAAAAUUAUCUCUACAAGAAUUUGAAUCACAAAAGAAACCCGAACAAAUUAAUCAUAAUGAAUCAUCAGUACCUUUACAGAAAAACGAACCAUUAACUCCUAAAGUUGUGAAGAAAGUUAGAGCAAUGUAUGAUUUAAAUUCAUCUGAAAAGGAUGAGUUAUCAUUUAAGAAAGGAGAUAUUAUAAUUGUAUUAGAACAAGUCUAUAGAGAUUGGUGGAGAGGUACAUUACAUGGGAAAAUUGGUAUUUUCCCAUUAAAUUAUGUAACUCCCAUAGUCGAACCAACCAUCGAAGAAUUACAAAUUGAAAAUUCAAAAGAAAAUAUGGUAUUUCAACAAUAUGAUAAAAUUAAUCAUUUACAUCAAACUUUAAAAAAUUCUUCACAAACAACAAUUAAUAAUGGUAAAGAUAUUACACAAGAUGAACAAAUUAAUAAUUUAUAUGGUACUAUAACUCCAUUAAGACCACAAAUUACUAAAAUGAUUGGUAAAUAUUCAAGAGAAAAAGAUGACAUUACUUCAUUGCAUCAAGUAUUAGCUCAAGCUGAACAAACUUAUAAUCAAUUACUCGAUCAAGCUGCCAAUGCUUAUAAACCUGCACCAACAAUGACAUAUCAACAACAACAAACGUUGCCUGCAGGAUAUCAACAAAAUUAUCUUCCUCAAAUUGGAAACACAUAUGCUAAUUAUCAACAGCCACAACAGAAUAAUGCGCAAUUCUAUCCACAGACUCAAGGUCAGUUCCAACCUCCUCCCCCUGCUGCUGGUCUAGUUAAUCCACAGAUGCAACAAUAUCAGGACAUACAACAACCACAGCAGCAGCCGCAACAGCCACAGACACAACAGCCGACUUACCAACCGAGUAACGUACCCAUGAGAUAA